CCCGCCCUAUUUGUGUUCCACCGCCCCAUCCACUCACUGCAACAUUCAGGCAGGUUCACCUAGUGGUCUGUGCAGGCUCGGUGACGCCGCUGCUGUAUUGGGAAAUACUCGCUGAUUAGGGAGCGUUCAGAGUGUAAAUCAGCAGCCAAACCUCAAGCGACACUUCUGCACUACAGACCCUGUAGAACAACACGACAAACAUGGCAGAUCCCAUGAACCAAUCUUCUCAGAUUUCGUCGUCACAAGGCCUUAACGAUGGACAUUCUGCAUCGUCCAAAGACUCGAAGUUUUCUGAUUCCUUUUUUUCUUCGCCUGUAUCUCUCAUUCAGUCUCCUCAAGGCAAAAAAAGUGGUACUGGGCUCUGACAAACCUUCAGAGAAUUUGGCCACAUCUCUUCGCUUUUCUUCUCAGUCAAGUUCCUUUUCACCAGUUGCUUAUGGAAGCGACUCUUCAGGAUCACCUGGUGCCAACAUAGAUCAUACUAUCAAAGAGAAACGGGAGGUUUUUGAUUCAUCUUUUGGCUCUCAAAAGCAGGACUCCCCUAUAAAGGCAUCCCCAGUGUCUGAGAGAAUCAAAGCACUAGAAGCGUUAGCUGCAAAGCAGAAUGAUUUUGAUAGAAAUGAUGGGGGGUUUCCACAUUUUAAAGAGCGUCACUAUGAGAAGUCCCCUACUGAAUCGCAUGGAAUUUCCUCCCACUUGUCCUUCCAGAAAAGGACAAUAUCAAAUGAGCAGGAAUCUUCAGAAUUACCCUUUCAGAAAAGGAAAAUGUCAAGUGAGCAGGAAUCUUCAGAAUCACCUUUUCAGAAAAAGAUCAUGGCAAAUGAGCAGGAAUCUCCAGAAUCACCCUUUCAAAAAAGGACCAUGGCAAAUAAGCAGGAAUCUCCAGAAUCACCCUUUCAGAAAAGGACCAUGUCAAAUGAGCAGGAAUCUCCAGAAUCACCCUUUGAAGUGCUUGGAGAGGAAAGGCAUGGAAGUGACUUUGAGGACACCGCUGACUGGAUGAGAGCUCACUUACCUCCAGCACCAGAUUUCAACAUUGAAGAUCCUGAUCUUGAUGAGGGAAGUGAUUUGCCUGUGGUGCAAGAGAGCCCAUCCAAAGUGAUGAAACCAAACAGUGUUGAUACAGCAGAAGUUUCAGAACCUUUUGCAGUUCCUAAUCAGUUUAUGGACAGUCCUAUCAAAGUGGCAGAUGACAUCAAUCAGUCAAAGGAUGAUGACAACAAGCAAUCAAAACAAGAGAGUGUUGAGGACGAUUCUGAAUUUGACCUGAACUUUUUACCAACAGCCUAUAUGUGGAACAAACAAGAGAAAGAAGAUAUGGGCACUCAAGGGUAUCAGAUAUUACCUGAAAGUCAAGAGCUUCCUUCCUCUCCUGCUCCUCCUGCAGAUUUUGAGUCUGCAUCACCCCCUGUAUCCCAACAGAUGGAGCCCAGUUCUGCACAACGUUCCAAUAUUUCAAAGGGAAACUUGGAGCCUGGUGAAAUCCAGGAGAUAGACAGUUCUGGGGAGUCAGAUGAUACAGUGAUUGAAGAAACCGUGAGCAUCCCAAAAGUGGGAAAUAAUGGCCUUGACACCGAAACCCACAAGGAAGAGGAGACCCUUCCAAACAAUGAAAAACAGCCAAUUCAGGUACCUAUUAUUAACGUUAUUGAAACUGAGGAGCAAGUUUUCAGUGAUGAUGAAGAACCACCUGAGGUGGAAGGAGAGGUGAUGGAGGAGGAGGAUGAAGAGUGUCAGAUAUUGCAAAGUGAAGGCAAAAGGUCAUCUGAGCAACACGACUCAGAGGUUCCAAAAGUAUCAGUGGAAACUCUACACGAUGAGCGUAAACCUGACCAUGGCAUUUCCUCUCAGACAAAACAAACCAGCUCUGAUGGUGAGCACUCUCCUGAACACAAGGUGAUUGAAGAUGAUUAUGAAAGUGGCAUUUUUCUCCAGUCCUCUCCAGACUCCGGAGGCCUAAAUUCAGAGGACUCUCAAGAGCUUAUGUCUCAGACUUUAGUGUCCUUUGAACCCCUUAAAGAGUCAUCCCUUGAUAAAGACCUUGACAAGACCGCAGAAAUACUUUCUGACCUUCCCCCUGACAUCAGUUCCCCCUCAAAUGAGCCCAGUGAUGUAGAGACUUACCUGGAUCAUUACGCCAGUGAAGAGCUUGCUUUAAAAGACCAACUGAAUUCAUCUUAUUUUAAAGAAAUUAAAGGUGAGAAAAUAGAACCUUUAAAGACAAGUUGUCUUCCAGAUAAUCAAAAUACAAAUGUUCAAGAAUCCUUUGAACAUAUUACUUAUGAUUUUAACGAGACACUCAACGAAUGCAGGCUAGACUAUGAAUCUGUGCCUGAGCCUUCCCUAUCUGACCUUUCAUCUUAUAUUCCUGAUGAUAUUGAGACUACUCUCCUUCAAAACAAAAUGCCAAGUGUUAAUUCAGAAGAUCAGAAGUCAGCAGUAGAAAUCAAGGAUUCACCCUUGCAGGAACAGGAGGAGUUGCCAGUCCAGUCCAUUGAUCAACAACCACCAGUUGAAGAGAAACCACCUGCACCAUUUCCCUCUUUUCACAGUGAGCAGUCUAGCAAAAUGAUUGAUAAUAUGUCUGGCCCUAUGGCAAAUGAGGUUACUGAGGGAUCAGUGAUAACUAAGUCUGAACCUCGAGUUAUGACCACCAAAGAUCUUUUAGAUAGACCGGAUUCGCCAGAGACCCUGAGUGAUACAGAGAUGGUUGAAGCAGAAUGUUCAGUAACAGCAGCGACUGACAGCUUCGUGGAGUUCAUGAAGGAGUGUCUUAAGUCACGGCAGGGUGAGGAACCUGAAGUCCUCAGUCCUGGACACAAAACUAUAGACCAGAAUCCCAAAUCUGAUGCUUCUGCUUCCACUCAAUCCUCCCCAGCAAAGAUUUUGGACUUAGAGCAAGAGCCCCUCACAAUUUCUGCUUUGAAAGAGCUCGGGAGCAGCCAAGAGGAGGAAGACAAUGAUUUUCCCACCAUGAAGACUGUCCUAAAGCCUGAUAAAGCUCCACUUCCUACACCUAGUGCUGAGGCCUCACUUACCUCAUCUUCUCACACUCCUCAAAACGAGUACCAGCCUGAUGCCUUACUUCCCAAAGAGGUAGAGGCAAUCGACAUUUGGGUAGCAGAGGCCUACCACCUUGCAGAGCAUGUCUUGACAGCAAUACUAACUCACCUUACAGUGAUUGACCUGGUGCACUGGCGGGACCCUAAGAAGUCAGGCGUGGUGUUUGGCGUGUCGCUGCUGCUGCUGCUUUCUCUGGCAGCGUUUAGCGUGAUCAGCGUGGUCUCCUACCUGCUGCUGGCCCUCCUCUGUGUCACCAUCUCUUUCCGCAUCUACAAGUCUGUCAUCCAGGCUGUGCAGAAGUCCAACGAAGGACACCCCUUCAAGGCUCUGAUGGAGAAAGAUGUCACUGUGCCCCCCGAGACCUUCCGCAAGCACGUGGACGUCUGUCUCAGCCACGUCAACCGUGUGCUCAAGCAGAUGAGCCGCCUCUUUCUGGUCGAGGAUCUGGUGGAUUCCCUCAAGCUGGCAGUGGUUAUGUGGCUGCUGACAUAUGUUGGAGCGGUCUUCAAUGGCAUCACUAUCCUCAUCCUCGCCGACAUCCUGCUCUUCAGUGUACCACCCAUCUAUGAGAAAAACAAGACCCAGAUUGACCGUUACAUUGACAUUGCACGCACUCAAUUCAACACUACAGUUGCCAAGCUACAAGAGAAACUCCCGGGAUCAAUGAAGCGCUGUAAAGCAGAAUGAUCCUCCUCUCUGAUCCCUCGUUACCAUGUUUACCAUCCUUCUAUCUUUAGCUGCCUCCCUUUACACUAAGCCCCGCCCCCAUUCCUAUCUUUCCGUUUAACCCCACACCUUAAAACAACCAUCUGCACUGAACCAGCUAGUAUGUAAAAUCUAAAAAGCUUCUUGAUAUUCAAUGUUAACUCUGCAGCUUAUUAAUGAGCAUUAAGAAAAGAAGCUCGGGGCACCAGGAGCUGGUGUUUUUCAACACAAAAAGUGAUGUAAUGCUACUGGAUGCCCAUUUUGACGGCCAGUGCACGGAAGGAUUUGUGAACUAGACUGAACUUCUUAUGACUUGGUUUUGAGUGUUGGGAUGGGUGGUGCUGUAGUAAUGAAUAAAGACAGUUGUUUGACUCAAAAGCAAAUGUCUGUACUGUUAAAAAAAUUAACAUUUCAUUAAAAAAUGCUGACAAAAAAAUUAAAUAAAUAAACAAAAAAAGAGUGAGAGAGAACCUUAUGAAACAUACUUUACACCCUAUUUUUCUUCAAAAAAUGUGUUUGUAUUCAUCUGAAAUGCACUGAACAUUAUUAGACUUGCAUGUUUUGAUCAGUCAGGAUGGACUGGGAGGCAGUGGUGAUUCGGUCUAGUUCACUAUCCUCCCUGUUAUUGGUGCAAUUUUUUAAUUUUGUGUAUGUAUAUAUAGUUCGAUUACAACAGGCUCUUUGCUGUGAAGUAAUUAGUGUUGCUUUUUAUAUUUAAAAAUCAAAUAUACAGCUCUUAUAUGUCUCUUUCGCACCUCUUGCACUCAGUCAUCUGAGUUGAGUUCACAUGUAAGUGUUAUUGUUAUUACUCUUCAAAUAAUAGUUAUUAUAUUAUAUCUUGAUUAGGAUGGCUGCUUUAAGUCCCCUGUCUGACAUUGGCUUUGUAACAAAUAUUAAUAACCUUAAGAUUGAGUUAUGUAUAGGAUCGUCAGAGCACCAGAAUAUAGGACAGAAAGGCAAUAAUUUUCUGCUUGAUGGGAAGUUGGCCCCACAAGUCAUCGAUUUUUUUUUUUUUUUUUUUUUUUUUCUUUGAAACAGGGCCAGUGCCCAUCAUUCAUGUUAUUUAGAAAGGUAAACUGGUUUUUUUUUUUUUUUUUUCCAGCAUUUCUGGGCAUCGUUUACUACCUUGGGCACUGAAGAAGUUUAAAUAUUUAAAAAGGCUACAAAGAACUAUUAUUUAAGCUGGAUAAUUAUGCUUACUAAUAUGUGGUAACACUGUUUUUCCUUAAGUGAAACUCCACUUCAAGCACUGUUGACUUUUUUAGAAGACAACUACAAGGCUGAGUUUAAUUCUGAAAGGGAAGGGUAACAUAGUGAAAAUAGUAAAAAUGGUUUCAGGUGGGCCGAAGUGUUUAAAAGCAGCGCCAGUCCAUGCAAAAACUACUCCGAUGCAUUUAUGCACACAGUUACAACAUGUUAAAUGUCUUAUCUACCAUAUAUCAAUAGUCAAAUUCAUAUUGUUGUCUUUGUCACUACGUAGUCUGUCAGCUCCUGAUGGUUUUGCGUCGUUCACUUAACAUUCCAGCUGAUGCAGUUGGAAGAAUGUCCACACUGGAAAUCUGUUUAGAAGAGCAUCGAAAAUGUUUAACGCUAACAAGUUCCAUCACAUUUUACAAGUUUGUUUUGUGAUGUUUAUGGCCCCUUUCUAAUUUACUUUGAUUUGCUAUUUAUUUCAUGAAUUUGUUUUCCUCUCUCUUGCACCCUUUUUGUGUUGUAUGCAUGUUUACACACAACCAGAUUCAGAUGAAAGCAUCUUGUCAUUGUGUUGCUUAACUAGCAUGUUCUACAGGUGAGAUCACACGUGCGGUGUUUCUUUCGAAGAACAGGUCAUGCUCUGAAAGUUUGUAUUGCCACAUUGUUUUUUUUUUUUCAGUUUAAGGGUAAAUUAUGACUAUAUAACUACUUUUUUAAUAGAUGCAGGCCUCUCUGUUUAGGUUAUUAUCUGCUUUCUUCUCUUCUGAGGUUCAGUUUAAUAUUUGGGUAUUUUUUUUUUUUUACUUAUUCCUGUAGUACUUUAGCAUGUUUGCGGUUUCUUCUUUCCUGUGUUUCUCUCUGAGAAGUGUUGACGGAGGUCACAUUCUUUUUGCUUUUGACUCCUGAAGACUAGAUGUGAUGAUUAACAUUUACAUUCAGUUUGUUAGUUUUGAAUUAAGUUAAUGUGGGGGGAGGUGCAAACAGGAAAACUUGUGGUCCCUGUUAUGAUGUCAAAGUGAACUUAAUAAAAUGACAAAAGCGUU